AUGAACCUGCUGCAGCGCAAGGGCCGCCCCGACUGGCGCCCCCCCCGCGAGGAGGAGUCGCGCAAGGGGGCCUCCAAGGCGCGGGAGGGGGGGUCCCUGCGGCGGCCCCUGCGGGUGGGGUUCCUGACGCUGCCGGCCCCCCAGGACCGGGGUCCCCGGCCCUGCGCCCCCGGCAUGGCCCCCCGCUCCCUCUCCUGCCACGCCGUGGGCUCCCCGACACCGGGGGCCCCCCCCGGCCCCCCGGCCCCCGCGCGGGGCCCCCCGAGGGGCGGGGGCUCGAGGCACCACCCGCCAAGCGGGGCGCCCGAGGCCAUCUACGAGGAGAUGAGCUGCCCCCUCCCCGCCGGGGAGGGCGGGGGCCACGCCCCCUUCGCCGGCCACGCCCCCUUCGCCGCGCACACCCCCUUCGCCGGCCACGCCCCCUUCGCUGCCCACGCCCCGCUCUCGAGCCACGCCCCGCUCUCCGGCCACGCCCCGCUCUCCGGCCACCGGGACGGGCAGCUGCAGGAGGUGAUCGACCGCAAACGCUGCGUCUGCACCGAGAUCAAGGCCCGGGGGGGGCGAGGGGGGGGGCUCUGCAAGCAGGACAGCCUGCCCCCCCUCCCCGCCCCCCCCCGCUUGGAGGGGGGGGGCCCCUGA